UAUCCUGUCAAAGAUGUCGGAAGCGGACUCCGAUCUUGCUACUGCUACCACUGCCGACAACGAGAAAACGGAUGACACCGCAGAGGAAAAUUCGGACAACUCUUCUCACUCCAAACCGGACCAACACAAGGGUCCACCGGAAUCCUUUGGAGGCCAUCAGGCAAACGCAGAAAGGAAGAAAAUCGACGUGCUACUAAAGGCUACUGGAGACGCGCCGAUCAUGCAGAAGAGAAAAUGGGCCGUCUCCGCGUCCAUGAAGGUGAUGGACAUCGCUGAUUUCAUCAGGAAAUACCUCAAGCUUGAACAGUCGGAAUCCCUGUUCCUUUACAUCAACCAAGCCUUUGCACCAUCUCUGGACCAAGAGGUCAGCAACCUGUACGAGUGUUUUGGGGCAAACGGCAAGCUGACCCUCCACUACGCCAAGACGCACGCUUGGGGCUAGGAUGUGGGCACACCUGUAAAUAGUUUUUCUGUCCUUUCUUUUGUACAAAGCUGUAAUAAAUUGCGAGAACCAUUUUGCAAUGCAGA